GUGGGGGCUUUCCACGAGGCUCACCUGAGCAGAAGUUGUUUGCAGGCAUGAGAAAUCACAGUGAGAGCAACGCUUUUUCACCAUAUGUUAAUGUGAAGAGUGAACAGUAAAUGGUUAAUCUUGCUGCGAUCUGGUUCUUAUUAACUGUGGUUUAUCUCGACGUUAAAUUCGGCGUUCGUGACACGCGAAGGAGAACAUUACAGUGAAAAAGCGGCAUUAUCAGGUGUUUCAAGUGCUGCAAUGUCAGCUCGAUCCAGCAUCAAGUUGACGCCGCCCAGCGACAAGGGCAGUAAACCGACACCAAGUAAGCCCACCCAGGCGUCAUCAGGUGUUCCAAGUGCUGCAAUGUCAGCUCGAUCCGGGAUCAAGUCGAUGGCGCCCAGCGACAAGGGCAGUAGAACGACAUCAAGUAAGUCCACACAGGCAAGAGCCAAGGCAGAAGCCGCCAAGGUGCGACUGCGUUACGCCAGACAAGAAGCAGUUUUGAAAAUGAAACAGGCCACCAGAGAAGUCGAAAUCCAGAAAGAAAGGGCCGCCAGACAAAGAGAAGAGGCUGCCAGAGAAGCCGAAAUCCAGAAAGAAAGGGCCGCCAGACAAAGAGAAGAGGCUGCCAGAGAAGCCGAAAUCCAGAAAGAAAGGGCCGCCAGACAAGGAGAAGAGGCUGCCAGAGAAGCCGAAAUCCAGAGAGAAGGGGCCGCCAGACAAGCCGAAAAGGCCGCCCGAGAAGCCGAAAUCCAGUUGGAAAUGGCAAAAAUAUCGACAGAGUUGCAAGUGCUGCAGCUAGAAAGAGAAGAAGAAGCUGCCAUGGCGGAAACAAAGUACAUAGAAGAAGCUGAAGGGUCGCGUGAUCUGACUGAAGCAAGAUCUACUUUAGAAAGGACCAGGCUGGAAUGCACAAGCGACUAUGUACAAUCUCAAAUAGACAGGCAGGCUCGUCUCCCCUCUCCAUACGUAUUCGAUAACUUCCCCAGCUACGAGGAACCUCAGAGAGUCACGAUUGCAUCACAUCCAUACGAGGAAGGAAAUUUACCCUCACGGCUCCAUGAUGAAGUCAAGAAUGAAAGAGAGGAAGAAAAUUUACCCUCGCGGCUCCGUGAUGAAGUCAAGAAUGAAAGAGCUGACAACCGAUAUACUUUGACACCAAACUUACAAAGUUUGAUGCAAAGAGACGCGGAGGUCGAAUCCAGGAUGGCAAAUUCCAUGAGAAACGUGCGUUCUCAGUCAUAUAGGCGCCAACGUACUUCUCCAGCCCGCAUGCCGCUUACAGCCGAUCCCACGCUGCAGUAUUUAGCACGACGGGAUCUCGUCACUUCGGGACUGUACCAGUUUGACGAUAAACCCGAAAAUUACCAUGCAUGGCACUCCACAUUCACCAACGUGAUCGACGGGGUCCAGCUCAGUGCAACCCAAAGGUUGGACCUUAUGGCGAAAUGGCUGGGGAAAGAAUCACGCGACCAGGUGAGACGCAUGCGUUCAGUGUACAUCAACAAACCCGAGCUAGCCUUAAGCGAAGCGUGGGAGAGACUUUGGGAGAGAUAUGGGGCCCCUGACAUUAUUGAAGCGGCGCUAUAUCGUCGUCUGGAAAACUUUCCUAAGGUGUCAGCCAAAGAUCACUUUAAGUUAAGAGAAUUCGGAGAUUUACUCAUGGAGAUCCAAGGCGCCAAAGAAGAUGGCUAUUCAGCUGGUCUAGUAUACCUAGAUACUCCAUCCGGGAUUAGACCAAUCGUGGACAAACUUCCAUUUGGGCUGCAGGACAAGUGGCUGACUGUUGCCUCAGAGUACAAGGAAGACCACGGUGGUCGAUUUCCUCCCUUUAAGCACCUCACUGAGUUUGUGCGCAAGGAGGCGAAGAGGCGAAACGACCCUAGCCUCGUGGGUCCAGGAAGCAGUUCGAUUUACACCAAGCCAGGUAGAUCCUCUUCGAAUGUUUUCAACAUUGAUAAAUCCGUGUCAGUGCUCAAGACCGAAGCCCUUACAACUAACAACGACCCUGGCAAGUAUUGUCCAUUGCAUAACAAACCUCACCCCCUGAAAGCAUGCAGAAUGUUUAGGGAAAAACCCCUUGAAGAGAGGACGGCUCUUCUCAAGGAGAAAAGAAUAUGUUUUAGAUGCUGUUCCUCAACCUCUCACCUCGCCAGAGAGUGUACGAUCGCCGUGAAGUGUCCAGAAUGUGAUAGCCCAGAUCACGUCGGGGCCAUGCAUCCCGACCUGUCACCGCAAACCGAGAGCGCUCCUUCACCCCCACAACAGGACGGCGGGGAGGGAGAGGCUCACUAG